AUGCCUGUACCUGACGAGGAAUUAGAUAACCUGCCACUCCUACUGGAAGCAAUUAAAAACCAAUCUAUCCACCGCUUGGAGGGUAUCCUGCAGGACAUUGUCAAGCACAGCCCAGAAGGCCGCAAAAUCGCUUCGAAGUGGCUACUGGUAGUGAAAAAUGAUGUGAAAGCUGGGCCAGUUGCCCCGGUUUCUCCCAUUGCUCCCGUUACUUUUGCCCUGCCUGUCAAGGAAGAGUCCAUGACCAGUGUCCCGAUGACAUCCCGUUUCGAAAACUGCAUCUACUGUCUGGAGGAAUUCGAGGUCACUGAAAAUUCGGAGACAAGCUGCAAAUACCAUCUUGAGCCUGACGUGGUCGACGAGGAGUAUUUCAAGGCUGAGAUUGCCGCUGGAUAUGAUGUCGACAGUGAUGAAUAUCGCCUGGCUUGGCCAGAGGGGUUUUUCUAUCCUUGCUGUGGAAUGGGUUUGACCGGGAGCAUGUGUCAGGUUGGUUGGCAUAAGGCUGCAGACCCGGAUGACCGUCCCCGCAAGGAAACCCGUCGGAGCGAGUUCUAA